AUGCCCCCGACCGAAAUCAAGACCGAUGCGUUGCAGGAAUUCAACGAGUUGGCUUCUUGGGUUCAUCGAAACGCAAAAAUGGAGCCGGAGAAAGGGAAGGAGAACAAACUAGUAUGCACGGACAAAGCUCGCGAAGCCAAAGUGCGACCAUUAUUAGAGAAGCUGGGAUAUGCCAAUAUACCGGGUCAUCUCGCCUCGCUGCAGCGAAUAUUUGGAAAAGCCCUGAUCGAAAAACCCAAUGAUGAUCGAUCGGUGUUAUUUUUCCCUCUGUCGAUUGGGUCAGGACCUGAAAGUAUAGGCUCUGGGAACAUGCAUGUCGCGGGUGAAACCCUCAAACCCGGAACCUAUAUUCAACUAACGGAGACUCUGGAGCUGAACGAGCAAUUAGACUGUCUGAUUGUCCUUCUACCAUAG